UUGUAAUUUUCUUUGCUACGUCACAACAGGGCUGGAUCAACACCUGGUUUCUCUGAAGCUGUUUUUGUGGCAAGAUAUAAACCCCAAACUAAGUAAUUUUGAAAAGAAAAUAUCAAUGGACACCGAUUUUUAUCAUCUUUAAAUUAAACUGCAGAGCAAUGAAGCAUCUCUUGAUUUGCUUGUUAUUUUUCAAAUUUAUCUGUCCCUGGUCGACGGAGGCCGUCGGAGUCUUGACAGAAGAGGAAGAUCUCGAGGAAAAUAAUGGGGACUCCGGCUGGGCAAGCUUCGAGACCAAAUUUGGGAAACUGAUCAAAAGAUCUCAGCUGUCCUCCUCUACUACGGAAGAGGCGUGGACGGGCAGGUGGAUGCCCGAGAGAACCAGCACGAAAAAGCCUUCAACAUCUGAAGAGCCAUGGACUGGCCGAUGGCUACCAGAACAAACAACCCAAAAGUUCCAUCAGGCCCAAGUAGCCGAAGGUGGCCAGUUAAAAAGUCAAUUCUCGCCAAACUACAAGGAAAUCGACCUGUCCUACCUUCGGUCAGACUCCAUGGGCAGACCGGACAAGGACUGUGAUGACGGAAAGACCAAUAUCACAAUUGACUGGGACCAGUCUCCGAUCAACUUCACUUGUUACAAUCCACUUCACCGAUAUGAGCCAAACUACAAAUAUCCGGCAGAAUUGGAAGAGGACUUAAUUCCUCCAGCUUAUAAAGCUGCUCAUCUUUGUAUGGAUUAUCGAAUUGACUACAGCAAAAAUAUCCCAACCUACGGAACACAUCGACCCCUGUGGCCUAGGUAUGGUGAAUACAAAUUCUUGCCAAAACAGCGGUGGCUUCACAAUUUGGAGCAUGGUGCAGUUGUGAUGCUUUACCACCCAUGCGCGCACGCAGUGGAAGUGAACCGAGUUCGAAAAAUUCUAACCGGCUGCAUCCGUCGCCACAUUAUCACCCCGUACACCCUGAUGGAGGAGGAUCGUCCGAUUGUGUUGGUAGCGUGGGGCGCCAAACUGUCCAUGUCCUGGGCCAACGCAGACAUCAUCCGAAACUUCAUCAGCAUUUACGCUUUCAAGGCGCCCGAGGGCAACAACGCCCGCGAUGGUCAAUUCGACCACAUGCUAGAGGUUCCUGCCCAGGUUAUUUCUGGCUCGGACUUAAAUGAUUCCAACAUUUGUCCUGGGCAGUGGUUCUAGUUAUUUUAUUUCCCUUUGGUCUCUACUAAAUUUCUUGCUUUUAUCAAAGACUUUGCAUUUGUUAACACUUUUGUUUGCUGGCUGUGUAAUUGAAAUUCAAUGUUAAUUUUAAAUCUGAUUUUUAUGCUGGUUUCAGAAAUGAUGCUAAUAAUAUUUUUUGUACUUAACGUAAAAUCAGAAUAUUAUAUAAAUUUAGCAAUGAUUUGUUUGUUUAAUUCAUGAUUUAAGACAAAAUAUACAAGAUUCUAAGAUUAAAA